AUGCCGGAGGACCCCACGCCUGGACAGAGCCACUAUAAUACAUUUUCAGGCUUCAUAUACGGCGCCGAAAUUCAACCAGGGUAUGACCUGUUUGGCCUCCCGCAGAAUGACGAAGAUGUUUCCUGUGCUGUUUGCAGAAACUCCGUUCACGCCACCUCAGUUAUGAUCCCCGGGAGGACAGCGUGUUUCCCGGGCUGGGUUGAGGCUUACAGUGGCUUUAUUGUCGCUGGCUACCCAGAUCAUCCUUCGAACACGGACUACAUAUGUAUGGAUGGACGUCCACNAAGUGACUUUAUUGUCGCUGGCUACCCAGAUCAUCCUUCGAACACGGACUACAUAAGUAUGGAUGGACAUCCACAGCCAGUUCCGGGUGGACAAGGGAACGAUGAUGGAGUACUGGUCCGUCCUGUGGUGAACAAGUGUGGCUCUCUGCCAUGUCCACCAUACGAGAACAAAAAAAUUGGUGCCUAG